AUGACAGGAAAACAAGCCACAGCGCCCCCUACAGGCCACAGCGCCCCCUACAGGCCACAGCUCUCCCUACAGACCACAGCGCCCCCUACAGGCUACAGUGCCCCCUUCAGGCCACAGCGCCCCCUACAGGCCACAGCGCCCCCUACAGGCCACAGUGACCCCUACAGGCCACAGUGCCCCCUUCAGGCCACAGCGCCCCCUACAGGCCACAGCGCCCCCUACAGGCCACAGCUCUCCCUACAGACCACAGCGCCCCCUACAGGCUACAGUGCCCCCUUCAGGCCACAGCGCCCCCUACAGGCCACAGCGCCCCCCUACAGGCCACAGCCACAGCGCCCCCUACAGGCCAGAGCGACCCCUACAGGCCACAGCGCCCCCUACAGGCCACAGUGCCCCCUACAGGCCACAGCGCCCCCUACAGGCCACAGCGCCCCCUACAGGCCACAGUGCCCCCUACAGGCCACAGCGCCCCCUACAGGCCAGAGCGACCCCUACAGGCCACAGCGUCCCCUACAGGCCACAGUGCCCCCUACAGGCCACAGCGCCCCCUACAGGCCACAGCGUCCCCUACAGGCCAGAGUGACCCCUACAGGCCACAGCGCCCCCUACAGGCCACAGCGCCCCCUACAGGCCACAGAGCCCCCUACAGGCCAGAGCGACCCCUACAGGCCACAGCGUCCCCUACAGGCCACAGAGCCCCCUACAGGCCACAGCGCCCCCUACAGGCCACAGCGUCCCCUACAGGCCAGAGUGACCCCUACAGGCCACAGCGCCCCCUACAGGCCACAGCGUCCGCUACAGGCCAGAGUGACCCCUACAGGCCAGAGUGACCCCUACAGGCCACAGCGCCCCCUACAGGCCACAGCGCCCCCUUCAGGCCAGAGCGACCCCUACAGGCCACAGCGCUCCCUACAGGCCACAGUGCCCCCUACAGGCCACAGCGCCCCCUACAGGCCACAGCGCCCCCUACAGGCCACAGAGACCCCUACAGGCCACAGCGCCCCCUACAGGCCAGAGCGACCCCUACAGGCCACAGCGACCCCUACAGGCCACAGCGCCCCCUACAGGCCACAGCGCCCCCUACAGGCCACAGCGUCCCCUACAGGCCAGAGUGACCCCUACAGGCCACAGCGCCGCCUACAGGCCAGAGUGACCCCUACAGGCCACAGCGUCCCCUACAGGCCACAGCGCCCCCUACAGGCCACAGCGUCCCCCACAGGCCACAGCGUCCCCCACAGGCCACAGCGUCCCCCACAGGCCACAGCAGGGAUUUAUUCUAUCCUGAUUAAAACAUGGAAACUAUAA